GCUGCAACAGAACAAGAGAGGAAGCUGCCGUUAGUGUCAGACUCAAAGGGACUGAGUCCGAGUGUUUUCUAUUCUCCUGAUCGGAACCAAAGUAAUCCGGACUGCAGUGAUUCAUUCUGAGAAGGAUCUGUCUCCAGGUGUCAGUGGGUCCCGAAACACACGUGGAGGAGCUGCUGGUGAGUAAACCACAGCGUGUGGAUCACCUGGAUCCAGGUGUGAACCCAGAGAGCUAACUGACCUCUUCAGGACAUGAGCAGCUCGGCUCAGAGGAAGCGGCGGCCCGCUGGAAGCUCUCUGGUCUCCAGAACCAGAACCAAGACCAGCAGAGCGGCCAGCAGCCGGACCCGCAGGGCGGCCGGCGCCGGAGACCCGCCCCCCCCCCCGGAGCCCAUCGACGUGAUGGACGGUGCUGAGGACGGUGUGGAGGAGGUGGUGGACCUCACCUGCGAGGGAUCAGAGUCUGCUGUGGUCGACCUGACGACCAACAACGAGUCUGUGCUGCUGGUGGACGAAGGGCCUCCAGGUGAGAGCUAUGUUCUCAGCAGUGAUGAGGACGAAGACGCGCCCACUGUCGUUCAAGCUGCCAUCACCUCUACUGCACACACAUCCAGGUUGACUCCGGGUCUCAUCAGCUGUCCCGUCUGUCUGGACCUGUACUCCGAGAUCGUGGAAAGCGGGCGAUUGGUCGUCUCCACUAAGUGCGGUCACGUGUUCUGCAGCCAAUGUCUGAGGGACGCUCUGACAUCAUCACACACCUGCCCCACCUGCAGGAAGAGGCUCACCUCGCGCCAGUACCACCCUCUUUACAUCUGACACCUGGUGACAUCAUCUGCGGACUGUGCUGCUAUUGGCUGUCCUCUGUGACGUCAUCAUCAACGUUAAUCAACAGUGGUUGCUUUAAAUGUUUUUUGAGUUUAGGUUUAAAGAUGGCGGAUUAAAUGAUGUUUUCCUAUUAAAUAAAUAUUAUGGAGUAACAA